CUUAUCUGUUUUUCAGAAGUCCAUUUUCGUAAUUAGCAAACAGAAAAAAGUUCUAUUGGAUAUUUUUAUUUGUAUUAUUUUUUUUAUAAUCUGCUGUUUACACGGCCAGCGUUUUAGAGACAAGCAAACACACGAAACAAUGUCUUUCAACAAGAAGUUUCGUAAGAGGAUUCGACGCGCCGGGAAAACACUUCGCUUCUGCAUGUCGUGCACUAGCUGGGGCGAGUACGACGUCGAUGACUUCACGUUCGACUCUCCCGAGGAGGAGGAGCUCCGAGACACCCUGCAGUCAUCAGACGUGAUCGAAAUCAGCUAUCGUAGCCACCACACCGUGCUCCACGGACGAACCCGCUUGCCACUCAACGAUUUCGAAGAGGCUCUCUGGCAGGAGGACUUCGCGGUAGAAGUUCCCAUUCUACCCGGCGUGACUUGCCCCGUGUUAAACGUGUGUCUCGGUUUCCAGGACCACGAGAAUUAUCCCAAGGACCCCAUCAUUGACGGACUGCCGGCCACCGUCUGGAUGGAGAGGUUCGAGCCGACGCUGCGUACCAUGCUGUCGCUGUCUCGUCUCCAACACCGGAGGUGUAACAUCACGUUGCCCAGGAGGUACGCCGAGUUUCCAGACAGCACCCACAGUCGGCAUGGUGAUUUCGGGUUUGGCCCGCCAGCCGGCAACAUAAGACAUUACCAACUUCAACGAAUCGAAGAAGAUGAAGAAUCUAUUAGGGAUAUCACGGCAUAUUCCAAUGCGAGACCUCGAAACCGUCGCCGAAGACUCGCUGGAAACCAGUCUGCCAACCCAGACAUUCAAAUACAACCUUCAAUAUCUCAAACACCACAACGACCAAUAGUACAACGUCGAAACCGUCAUCGAAGACUCGCUGGAAACCAGUAUGCCAACCCAGACCCGUCAACCUCUGAACCUUCAACCUCUGAACCUUCAACCUCUGAACCUUCGACGUUAGAACGACAACAUCCAAACCCAGAACCUCAAGUGUCUGAACCUCAAGUGUCUGAACCUUCAGUGUCAGAACCAUCAUUGGCAGAAGCACCAUUUUCAGAACAUUAUUUAAGAACCGAAUCGCAGCAAGAUCUCCCCGCAGAAAGUGCCCCGGUGACAGAACAAGACCAUGUGCCUUUUCGCAGAAAUGUGACCCGAAACAUCAGACGAGGCCUCCGACGUCUGCACCACUGGUACUCCAUACUGGCAUUCUUCGUGCAGAGAGGUCAUAGGCCAGUUACGACACCGACUUGAUCGCCGCAGCAGUCAUCGUAGUUGUAGGCGAAACCAGGAAGAGGAACAAGUACAAGAGUACUGGGAAGAAGAUAGAGACUGUUGGGACGAAGUUAAAUUAAGCAGAUGAUGUGAUGAUCGUGAAAAACGGGUCCCAUCGAGUGUUUUUAAAAAAAGUGAUUUCUGUCUCAUUUGCAUGACCAUCUUGGUCUAAUUCGGAUAGAGGAGCCAAAUUUGUUCAUUUCCAAAGCCUUUCAAAUUGAGUGAUAAUGUAAUUUUUUCCUAGAUAAUUGCAUUGCUGCUAUUUGUAGUGCAGUUUGGAUAUUAUUAAUAAUAACCACUUGUUUCUUAGAAGAAAGUAAAGUAGAGUGUUUUGUGGUGUGAACUGAUUGAUAGAUUUUUAUAUGUGGUUACAUAAAUCGAGUCAAAAUUAAUUUCUCGUGUUUGUCCUUAAUUAUAAUUUAAAUUUAAUGUAUUUUUCAUAACCUAAAUGAUCACCUUUGUUAUACACAUACAAAUAGUGUACAAACUUACACAAAUUCAUUUUACCCUAUUAUUAUUAACUUAUGUUUUAUUCUUCUUCAAAAAUACCUCAGACGUUGUGACGGUACAUGCUCUUAAUUUUGUUUUCGCCUGUGGCGAUAUUAAUUGUUUUAGAAGGCCGUGUGCAGUUCCAAAUUGCACUUAUCUAGGUGGGCAAC